AGUGUGUUCAUGAAUAUGAGGUGGGAGGUAGAGAAGAAGUGGGAGUGGCCAGAGCUGCAGGGCCUCCUCCAUUUUACAGCACAAUAGAGUCUGAAGUGGUUCAACCCAGUCCCUCCCCUGUUUUGCCACGUGGUAUGUUCCAACCCAGUAUUUAAAUCCGGGAGCUUGAAGGCUGUGCUGUUCAUCCACUGACAACCGGUGUAAUCCAGGAAGCAGCUGAAAGACAGAGGCAGAAAGAGAGAGAGAGAGAGAGAGAGAAAGAGAAUCAGAGGAAAGAGGAAAAAAAACUGCUUCACCAGCACACUGGAGGUGGCGACAGUUACAGCAGGAGAAGCAAAGAAAAGAGAAAAAGAGGGGAAAUUGUGUGAUCCUGGUGUUAGAGCAGCUUGCGUUUAGGAGAGAGUGCAUAUCCUGUCUCUCUCUUCUCCCUCUUUGCUUUAAUUUCUCUCUCCUCCACUGUGCUAGCGGGGGAGGGUACAUCGGCUGUCCCAGGCCUAGUUACAUGUCCCAGCAUCCCGCAAGAGCUCACACAAGGCCACUGCGACCGUAACGGAGACUGUGAGAACCAGACAGACAGGGAGAUAGAGACCUGUGUGGUGCAUCUGGGCCCAAGCCCCUCAAGCCCCAGAGAUCUCUUCCAGGGACGCCUGUUUCUCUCACACACUACCCAAUCGACCUGCGAACAUCCAUGGAAGAAAAGUACAAAGAAAUUGCUGAGGAGCUGUUCACACGCAGCAUGGCAGAGAGUGAGAUGCGAAGCGCUCCUUAUGAGUUCCCGGAGGACAGCCCCAUCGAACAGCUGGAAGAGCGACGGCACCGCCUAGAGAGGCAAAUCAGCCAGGACAUUAAGCUUGAGCCAGAGAUCUUGCUCCGCGCCAAACAGGACUUCAUGAAAAUCGACAGUGCUACAGACCUGGAGUUAAUGAAGGAGAAGAGCGUGGACGCUGUUGAUGGAAGCUUUAAGGAGAGGGCAAUGCCAAUGGAGAGAGAGUACCAGCGGGUCUCAAUAUCUGGAGAGGAAAAGUGCGGGGUGCCCUUCACUGACCUGGUAGAUGCUGCAAAGUGUGUGGUGAAGGCAUUAUUCAUUCGGGAGAAGUACAUAAAUCGAUCUAUGCAGAAUUUUUGUAAGACCACAGCUCACGCCUUGCAGGAGCUCGGGGUGAAGCCUCUGGAUCUGAGAGUCUAUGACGAUAUACCAGAGACCCCUGUUGAUGCUGAUGCCCCCGUCCACCCACCUGUGUCAGAGACACACCCCUAUGACAAUCAGGACCCCAAGAAUAUGCCGGCAGACACAGGAUACGGUUGCAAGAUGGUGGAUGGAGUAGCCCAUGUCUAUACCAAGAAAAACAACAUGGACAAAAGUACAGAACUGGACCUGCCUUAUCCUGACCUGAAGGAGUAUAUUGCAGACAUGAAUGUUAUGAUGGCGCUCAUAAUCAACGGACCAGUGAAGUCUUUCUGCUACCGCCGCCUACAGUACCUGAGCUCUAAAUUCCAGAUGCACAUCCUCCUGAAUGAGAUGAAGGAGUUGGCAGCUCAGAAGAAAGUUCCACACAGAGACUUCUACAACAUACGAAAGGUGGACACACACAUACAUGCAUCAUCCUGCAUGAAUCAGAAGCACCUGCUGCGAUUCAUCAAGAGAGCCAUGAAGAAAUACCCUGGGGAGAUCGUUCACAUUGAGCGCGGCCGCGGUCAGACCCUCAAGGAUGUGUUUGAGAACAUGAACCUGACGGCCUUUGACCUGAGCGUAGACACCCUCGACAUGCAUGCGGACCGUAACACAUUCCAUCGGUUUGACAAGUUCAACGCCAAAUACAACCCCAUUGGAGAAUCCAUCCUCAGAGAGAUCUUCAUCAAGACUGACAACCACAUUGAAGGAAAAUACUUUGCACACAUAAUCAAGGAGGUGAUGUUUGACUUAGAGGAGAGUAAGUACCAGAACUCUGAGCUGCGUCUGUCGAUCUAUGGUCGCUCCCGAGACGAAUGGGAUAAGCUGGCUCAGUGGGCCGUGAAACAUCGAGUGUACUCUGAUAAUGUGCGCUGGCUUAUCCAGGUGCCCCGUCUUUUCGAUGUGUACCACACAAAGAAGCAGCUGGCUAAUUUCCAGGAGAUGUUGGAGAAUAUCUUCAUGCCUCUGUUUGAAGUCACAAUCAACCCCCGCAGUCAUCCUGAGCUGCACCUCUUCCUGGAGCAUGUGGUGGGCUUUGAUAGCGUGGACGAUGAGUCUAAACCUGAGCACCACAUUUUCAAUCUUGACAGUCCGCUGCCAGCGAACUGGACAGAAGAAGACAACCCACCCUACUCCUACUACCUCUACUACACCUAUGCCAACAUGACUGUGCUCAACCACCUCCGAAGGCGGCGAGGCUUUCAUUCGUUUGUGCUGCGACCUCACUGUGGGGAGGCGGGGCCGAUCCACCACCUGGUGUCAGGUUUCAUGUUAUCAGAGAACAUCUCCCAUGGGCUGCUGCUCAGAAAGGCCCCGGUGCUGCAGUAUCUUUACUACCUGGCUCAAAUUGGCAUCGCCAUGUCACCACUAAGUAACAACAGCCUGUUCCUCAGUUACCAUCGCAACCCGCUGCCAGAGUACCUUUCCAGAGGCCUCAUGGUCUCUCUGUCCACUGAUGAUCCUCUUCAGUUCCACUUCACCAAGGAGCCUCUGAUGGAGGAGUACAGCAUUGCUGCUCAAGUGUGGAAACUAAGUUCCUGUGACAUGUGUGAGCUGGCAAGAAACAGUGUCCUCAUGAGUGGAUUUUCACACAAGGCCAAAAGCUACUGGCUUGGCCCCAGUUAUUCUAAGGAGGGUCCUGUGAGCAACGACAUCCGUCGUACCAACGUCCCUGAUAUCCGAGUGGCGUACCGCAGCGAGACACUCUCUGAGGAGCUUCAACUCAUCACUCACGCUGUGCGCACUGAAGAGCUGGACACUAUUGAUGAGGAGGACUCUCUGUCCAUGGCCCCACUCCCGGGACAACGCUGAAAUCACAGUCACCAGGACUUGGGUUCCUGUAAAUCCCCAACCCUGUGGUCCCCCCAGCAUGACAAUGAAGAGAGGUGAUAGUAAUUCUGUCGUUCAUCCUAUAUACAGCAUAAACCCCACCAACCAUCACUAUAGAAGUAUGCCGCACACUGACAGCUUCACAGCUACCAAAAAGCCAAGGAUACAGUUCUGCCAGAGCACUCCAGCUUCGACGUACUUUGAUUUAACCCCAUAUUAUUAAGUUUCCAAAUUUAUAGUCAAGGUUUUCCCCAGCUCUUUAUAACCUCUGUUUCAAGGGAUGCACCGAUAUACCGGCCGAACAUCAGUAUCUGCCAAUAUUCGAUAUUGGCCUAUUGGCAAAUAGGAUGACAUUCACCGAUGGCAGUGGCCGAUAUUUAUCUGUUGUGUCGCAUCAAUUUUCUAUUUGUUGUAUAGCAGCAGGCUAAAAAGGCUUUUGAAGCACUUAUUUUUCAAAAAAAUAAUCUUUUUCACAUGAAAGAAGGUUGUAUUAAAGGUUGUUUCAUAAUUGAAUUUAUGCUCAUUCAAAGGUAGUGUAAUGAAGGGCUGGCUGAAUGACUUAAACUAAACUAAAACAGUUCAAUGUUUUUUUAUAAUAAAGAUUUCUUUGUUUCCCUGGCACAAAAUGGGGAAUAAAUGACAACAACAAAAUAAACAACAACAAAACAUCAGCUAUCAGCCAAAUUGUUAUUUUAAACAUCGGUUUUGGCCUAGAAUUUCACAAUCGGUGCAGUUUAAUCUGUUUCUAUUUUUCUCUGUGACGUGUUCAGUCUCAGUCAGCAUAAUGAGGGUUAGCAGAGGUGAGCAGCACCAGGGUUUUUUGUGAAUGAAAAGCAGGGAAGCAAUGUUGUCUUUAUUUCUCAGUUCAUGCGUUUGACUCUCCAUCCUGUCCGGCCAAUGCCAUCAGAUCUCUGCGAUAUGUUUGAAUAUCGGAGACAUUACAUAGCAUGUAGUAGUUCUGUAACUUUCUUCACAGCCAAUCGGCUCUGAACGUUGUUUAUCUUCCACUAUACAAUCAUGCUGUUUAACUAAACUUAGUGCAUCUAUCAUCUUCGUUAUACAAACUUAUAAUGAAGGAUUACAGAUGCAGUUUUAUUGAAAGAAUACAGUGGGGUUAUUAGUGAAGGUUGGACAUACCUACACAACAAACUCUGGCAGGUUUCAAGUUUUAAGCUUCAGGGUGGCUUAAAGCUUGGAGAUAUACAGUAACUGAAUCAGAGAGUCGUAUAACAAGAGAGUAUAGCCUCUCUCAGCCACGCAUAGUGCUUGGUGUGGUUUCAGAUCAUUUAUUAGCCAAAUUGCGCACACAGAAUCGUUCUUCCGUGAUUUUAAUCAGCUCAGAAAGUAACAUAAAAGAGAGAAACUCCAUCGCCCUCAAGUCAGGAGAGAAGCAGACGUCCUGUGGUUGACUGCAAACAUUCCAUGAAGAAAACUGUCCUCUAGCUGCAAAUGCAACAAGUUCCAGUAAAUGUUGAAAAUCAUCUUGGUUUGAUGUUAUAGUUCUGUGGUAGAAGAGAUAUAAAGGGAAACUGUGCAUUGUAGACUUUAACCACAGCACAAAUGAAUGUGGAUGAAUUCAGCAUCGUCCGAGGAGAACGCCCUUACCGUUACCUCACUGUGGCCAUGAAGACAUGGACCCUCUGUCCCUCCUGAUUUCACUCAUUCCUUCCCCUGCGGGUAAACUAGAAAGACAUGGAGUUUUUUUUCCCCCUUUGCAUGCAGUGCACUGUACAUAUGCACCAAGCCAAGACUUCACAGUGCCUUUUCAUUUUUAGCUUUGGGUGCUGCAUGCCCAGUUUAUGUCUCUAUCACCUCAGUCAUAUACAGUAGGCCUCUAUCCACGCCAAUGGAACUGAAACCACCUAGCUGCAUGCUCGGUGUAAAAUAGCUUUUACCUUGGCCUUCAUUUGAGGAGGAAAGUUGAUUUGUUUGUAGUUCUCUACUUAUAAGUACUUUUUUGCAUGCCUGCAUGAAUAAUGGAUGGCAGGAGAGAAAGAGUUGUUUAUAGCAAGCUGUAAUGUGAAGCAUCUUAACUAUUUCUGGGCUGCCGACCAGCUUUCCAGUCAGUUUGAAUAUUACAGCAAACAGAUUUAAACUAAGCAUUGUUCACCAUGUAGAAAUCAGAAAACCAUGCUGGGACAUGGUUAAGACUGUUGCAUGGUUCUUGUAGCCUUUAAAUUUUUUUUAACUCGCCCCAAAUCUGAUCAAAGCUGGGAUCACAUUUUGUAUUGUACACUCACAUCCUGUAUAUGUCAUCACAUCCUGCCACUGGACGCGGUCCAACUUCCCAUCAAACUGUGAGCAUUCUUCUUAAACCUAGAUGCUACUGUCGAGUAAUAUUUGCUGCCAAGACGAGGAGAGUGAAUGAGAAAAUGUCAUUCUUUAUUUGAAUAACCAACUUUAAUGUAUUGAUAUAUAUAUACAUGUUCGCUUUAUAGAUGAUUAGGAUAAAAGAUGAGAACCCGUCUUAGUUCAGCAAGAAUACAGUAGCUUCUAAGUGUUCAACGAAUACACCAGAGUUGUGCAAACACGAACAUGGUGAAAUUUGUGUGUUUGUUGGAUUCCAUGUAUAAAGUGUAUUUUUUUAAAGGCGAUAUAGAGAUAAGAAAUUUUAUAUUCACAAUAUAUUGAUGUCAAGGUUUGACACUUAGUUUUGUUUCUGUCGAUCAUUGUGAAUUAACAUUAUGUCAUGAUCAUAGUUUUUAUUGUAGUUAGUAGUUAGCCUUUUUAAUUUGUUAAUUAGACACAAUAUUUUAGUGUCUGUUCCGCAUAUUUGAUAUUAUAGUAGCCGUUUUUUCUCACUUCCUGAUCAUUCUCAGUUAAUAUUAUAGUACAUCUAUUGCGCCCAUGAUAGAUAGGUCCAUGAUAGACACCUCUUACUUUAAAGCCAAAAGUCAGAAUCUGACCCCUAUACACACACACACAUAAAAACCCUAAUUUUUAAAUAGUUGGCUUUUUCUGUUUUUUUUGGUUGCAAAGACUCUUUUUAACCACUGAUCUACACUGACUUGUCCUUAACUGUCUGACAGCAUCCGUCCACAGACUGAAGCACAAAGUGUAGUUAUGUCUAAUUAUUACAGCUUCAUUUUGUUAUUGGCCUUUCCUAGUUUAAAUGUUUAACAACCAUCUUGCUGACUUUGUAACAUUUUGCGAGGUAAAUAUGGGAAUAAGUACGUUUUCACUGAGAGACAGUUUAGAUCCGGACUGACCUAAACCUUUUCCAUCCAUUCAGUUUCCAUCCAUUCAGCUUUACAACAAUAGUGCGCCUUACCUCACAAAUACUAUUCUCUGAUAAAUGUCAUGUUGCUGCUCUGUGUUGCCCUCAGCAGCAGCAGGGCCACAGCUAAUUACUAUUUUCACUAUUGAUUAAUCUUAAUCUGGCUAUUUUCUCGAUUAAUUGUUUGGUCUAUAAAAUAUAAAAAAAAUUGUGAAAAAUGCCCACAUAUAAUUCCCCAUAGUGCACGGGGUAUUGAACAGUCCAAACCCCAAAAACAUUCACCUUUCAUAGACAACAAAGAAAAAGCAACAAAUCUUCAUUUUUGAGAAGUUUUUGGUCUGUUUUACUUAUAAAAUUAUUUAAAACAUCAAUCAGCACAGUUGUUGCUAAUAAAUAAUUUUUUUGUCAAUCAACUAAUCGAUUAAUUCCAGGAAAUAACGGCACAAGUGAUUCACAAGAGACAAGACCAUUUAAAGACACAUCAAUAUUCUCUGAGCAGUAACAGUGAUUAUUUGGAUGCCUACACAAAAAAUAUUAAUUAUUUAAAUAUAUACUAUACUGUAUUCACAGAUUUCUAGUUCAGUUUCUGUAGUUAAUACAUUCAGAUUGAUAUAUUUCUGUGCACUAACGUCACAGUGCAUUGAUUACAAGUAUUCUGAUGCUCACACACAAGAUAUUUUUGUUUUUUUCUCAAAGUAUCUUUGUUUUUACACAGUCUUGUCACUUUUUGACAUAUGAUUUAUAUUUUUAAUUUAGCCUAAUUUUUUGUCCAUUGAUCUGUAACCAUAUAAUUGCCUGAAAUGGAUUACCAGUGUUGAACAGAUUCAGAUGCUUCUGGUUUAAGGUUCAUGUGUAAUGUCUGAACAAUAAAAUAAAGCAUGUUUAUUCACUAAA